CCAUGCUGAUGACUUAUGCGGACAUAUAUAGGCGUACCACCGCUAGGGGGCAGACUAUCCGUUCUCAGCGCAGCUCAGGCCUACAUUAAGGAGUGCUUCCGCCCUCGAUCUCUCUCUAUUUGCCUGCAUCGGGACGCAGCCAUGGUGAACGUCCCGAAGACCCGCAGGACUUACUGCAAGAAGUGCAAGAAGCACCAACCCCACAAAGUUACCCAGUACAAGAAGGGAAAGGAUUCCCUCUAUGCCCAGGGUAAGAGGAGAUACGACAGAAAGCAGUCCGGGUAUGGUGGUCAGACAAAGCCCAUCUUCAGAAAGAAGGCUAAGACAACAAAGAAGAUUGUGUUGAGGCUGGAGUGCGUAGAGCAAAACUGCAGGUCCAAGAGAAUGCUGGCCAUCAAGAGGUGCAAGCACUUCGAGUUGGGUGGUGACAAGAAGAGAAAGGGCCAGGUCAUCCAGUUUUAAACUGUGGCUCAGUCUUCUGGAGGUUGUCACAGUUUUCAAUAAAUGUUUCAAAAUAUA